AUGAUAGCCACUACAGGAGCUGGAAGCAAGCGCGCAGCUGGCGAGGCUAUAGAUGCCGUUAAACCUACCUGGGAAUCAAAAAAGCCUUUCAAGAAGAUUGCAAUGGCUGCGGAUAGUAAAGAGCCCACCAUAGAAGACCAGCAGUGCUUCCGCUUCCUCGAUCUUUCUCCAGAGCUACGAAAUAGAGUAUACGAAUAUGCUAAAGAAGAUGACACUAGACGGUUCGCUCUGCAUCCGAUACACCUCCACCCAGAUUCUCACCGCAAGUCGUAUUCCGAGCGUACCUGGCAAUAUUUCGCUGUGACCCAGGUCUGCAAUCAAGUUCGCGCAGAGUAUCGUCCUAUCUGGGUCCAGGAUCUUCGUGUCAGAUUCGAAUUGACUUUCGAGGUGAUUCUUUUCGCUGAUACAUUUCUGCACCAUGGGAGUGGAAACGAGCAUACGCCCAAACUAGUGCAGUUUUCUUGGAACCAUGGCAGCGACAACAUAACAUCUUUUGAUCUGAUGCCUUUACUGCGCCUACGUGCGCGGCAUCCACCACCACAGGUUACAUUCGUUCCAUACCUGAUUGCUGCAGGCGAAUUCACCGUAGACGAAGACACUUGCAAAAGUUGCAUAGCACAGAUCGACAAGUACGAAGACAUAAGUGACUACGAGAACUGCGAGUGUCCAGAUUACGAGUGGUCCCGCCGUGAGUGGUCGGCUUUCAAGUUUAAACAGAUGAAAUAUACCCACAGCAUACGAAACUUUAUCCGCAACUCAAACAAGUCUUGGCUUAAAGCAGUACAAGAGGACAAGAUGACGGUAAUAUACAGGAUCGAUGAGGAAAGAUGCCAUGGUACCUUCAGGAUUCUUUGCAGAGAACCAAUCUGUCAGAGAACCACUGAAUUUCAACCAGCCUUGGACUUACUGGAGCAAUGGGGGAAUUUCGAUCUUAACGUUAAGAAGUGUACGGUAUUUGUGAUGGCUUAUGAAGAUGAACAGAUCACGGAGAGGAAUGGACGGAAGAUCACCAACUCGGUUGUGCGCGAAGUUCGCGUUCACAAGAUACCCACAAAAGACCAGGCCGCUUCGUCCAUCUAA